AUGGCCCCAAGCAGCUUCCUGGAUGACUACAGUGAAGGAGCCCAUCCGAACAUUUUGCAAGCGCUCCUUGAUACAAAUACCGCACAGCAGAGACCGUAUGGCGACGACGAAUACUCUGAUGCGGCCAAGGAGUGUAUAAGAGAGUAUAUCAAUGCUCCUACCGCCGCCAUCCAUUUUGUUGCGAGUGGUACUCUUGCGAACAUCAUUUCGAUUGGAAGCUGCCUCCGUCCUCAUGAGGCGGUAAUAGCGGCGAGUACUGGACACAUAUUUGUUCGGGAAACUGGAGCCAUUGAAGCAAUUGGACACAAGAUUAUCACCGUGCCCCCUUCUGAUGGGAAGCUGACUCCUAAAAGUAUACAAGAUGCUUUGGAUCAGAACGCACACUUCCCCCACAUGGCAAAACCUCGUCUCGUCUAUCUCUCUAACGCAACGGAGACGGGCACGGUCUAUACCAAGGCCGAAUUGUGUGCAAUCUCUGAUCUCUGCAAGGAACGCAACCUACUUCUUCUUCUCGAUGGCGCACGACUAGGAGCGGCCUUGUCGGCGGUAAAGAACGACCUUACGUUGGCGGAUCUGGUCCGUCUGACAGAUAUCUUUUGGAUUGGUGGGACGAAAGUCGGCACGCUCCUCGGCGAAGCAAUCAUUAUCAACAAUCCAUCCCUGGCGGAAGAUUUUGCGUUCCAUGUGAAACAGCGUGGGGGUCUUCUCGCGAAGGGUCGUACUCUAGGGGUCCAGUUUCUGGAGUUAUUCCGCUCAAAUCUCUUCUUUGAACUUGCGCGCCACGCCAACAAAAUGGCGCAAUUACUCUCCUCUGGUGUCGUUGAGGCCGGGUUCAGUUUGUCAGCCGAGACGGAAACCAAUCAGGUCUUUGCAAUCCUGCCGAAUGCGCUGAUCUCGAAAUUGCAAAAUAAGUUCCAGUUUUAUAUCUGGGAGAAAGUUAGCAGCGACCAUGCUGUGGUCCGCCUUGUCACUUCGUGGGCAACAAGUGAAAGCCAGGUCAUCGCGUUCACCGAUGAAUUGCGGCGUUGA